UGUGCCUCGCAUUAAUCAUAUGGCACGGUCAGUGUGUCCUACUCAGCUAAGGUCUGCAGCUAGGUUUCAUGAUCAGCUGACAAAAGAAACCUUUUUGCAAUUGGUUAGUUUUCGCAAUAUAGAAAAUGACCAAUGGCUGCAAGCAACUUUGCCCGUUCGCAAUGGUGGGUUUGGGAUGACAUCAAUAGAAACAACGUGUCAUAUUGCAUUUGUAUCCAGCUGGGCUCACUCUUUAAGUCGUCUUCCUCAUUUGUUUGGAGAUCUCACUAGUCCAAUCAAGAACAUCUCUUGUCCAAUCCCAAGUUGUACUUCUGUUGGAUCCAUUAGUCAUCAGCUUCAUCUCGCUCUACCUGAAGACAAAUCUCUAGCUGAUCUGAUGUGUAACACUAAAAAGUUACAACAAAAAUUGAACUUGCAAAGAACUGACAACAUUGUAUCUUCUAUUCUUGCAAACCCUCAAUCUAAGCGUUCUUCUGCAAGAUUUAGGUCUCUUCAGGGAACAGGAGCAGGUGCGUGGCUUGACUCAAUACCACAAUCAGCGAAGUUUGCAUUAAAGCCUGGCGAGUUUCGUCUUGCAACACGCUUGAGACUGGGUUGUGAAAUGCCCUUGGGAUCUGUUGUGUCAACCUGUGAAUGCGGAAAAGAUGUUGACAGAGAUGGCUAUCACCUUCUAACAUGCAAGAGCGGGGGCGGACCUGUCUGGACUCACGAAACACUGUCCAGUGUAUGGAGCAGCUGCCUACAACAACUUAAAAUGACACACCAAAGGGAACCAAGGAAUUGCUACAUUAAUAGUAAUGAUAGACCUGAUAUCAUUGCAUUUGAUGCACAAUCUGGUUGCGAUAUCAAAUUGGACAUUUCUGUGGCUCACCCAUGGGCACAACAGAUUCUUUCUCAAGCAGCUUUGGAAGAUGGUGCAGCUGCAUCCAAAAGAGAGCUUGAAAAGGCACAGAAAUAUGGUGGUGAGUGGAACAUUCAACAGAUGAAGAUGGAAGAUCAAAUGGCAGAGAGUUCAAGACGUACUGGCGUCGCUGUUUAUCAAUAG